GCAUCUGCAAAGCAGGUCGCGGUUGGGUUGGUGUUUUUUUUUUAAUUUUGGGGCUUUUGCAAGCGGGGCUCUCAAACCCUCGUUCGCUGCGCCGGGGAGUCCGAAGGGGGCCCGGGAAGAGGCGCUUUGCAGCGGAUCCAUCAGGAGGAGAAGGAGGAGGAGGACCAGGCCAGCCCCAGUUCUCUCCCCCCCCCACCCCCACCCCCCCGAGAUGAGAGCCCCGGGCUGCUGUCUGGUGGUGCCGCUUCUGCUGGCCCUGGCUUGGGCGGAAGGCGAUGGCAAAGCGGCGGCGAAAGAAGGCGACAGCCCGGGCAAUUUCAUGGAGGACGAGCAAUGGCUGUCUUCCAUCGCCCAGUACAGCGGCAAGAUCAAGCACUGGAACCGCUUCCGAGACGAGGUGGAGGAUGACUACAUCAAGAGCUGGGAAGAUAAUCAGCCAGUAGAUGAGGGUCUGGACACCACAAAAGAUCCUUGCCAGAAGAUCAAAUGCAGCCGGCAUAAGGUGUGCAUUGCCCAGGGUUACCAGAGGGCCAUGUGUAUCAGUCGCAAAAAACUGGAGCAUCGAAUCAAGCAGCCUGCCGUGAAGCUCCAUGGAAACAAGGAGAACCUGUGCAAACCUUGCCACAUGACCCAGCUUGCCUCUGUCUGUGGCUCGGAUGGCCAUACUUACAGCUCUGUGUGUAAACUGGAACAACAGGCCUGCCUGACCAGCAAGCAGCUGACAGUGAAAUGUGAGGGUCAAUGCCCAUGCACAAGUGAACAUAGUCCAACUUCAGCCACGGAUCUCAAGCAAGAAACCUGCACUGGGCAAGACUUGGCGGACCUGGGUGACCGACUGCGAGAUUGGUUCCAGCUGCUGCAUGAGAACGCCAAGCAGAACAGCUCUGGAAAUGUUGGCCCCAAUCCUGUGAAUGCACUGGACAAAAACCUGGUGGCCAGUUGCAAAGACUCCAUCGGCUGGAUGUUUUCCAAGUUGGACACCAACAGCGAUCUUUUCCUGGACCAGGCAGAAUUGGCGGCUAUCAACCUGGACAAGUAUGAGAUUUGCAUCAGGCCUUUCUUCAAUUCCUGUGACACCUACAAGGAUGGCCGUGUCUCCACUGCAGAGUGGUGUUUCUGCUUCUGGAGAGAGAAGCCUCCAUGCCUGACGGAGCUGGAGAGGAUUCAGAUCCAGGAAGCUUCGAAAAAAAAACCUGGAGUCUUCAUUCCGAGCUGUGAUGAGGAUGGAUACUAUCGGAAGAUGCAGUGUGACUCCAGCAGUGGGGAGUGCUGGUGCGUUGAUCAUCUUGGCACGGAGCUGACAGGAACCCGGAUGCAUGGGAAUCCAGACUGUGAUGACAUUGUUGGAUUCUCAGGGGACUUUGGGAGUGGUGUCGGAUGGGAAGAUGAGGAAGAGAAGGAGACAGAGGAAGCCGGUGAGGAAGCUGAAGAAGAAGAAGAGGGAGAAGCAGAUGAUGGCGGCUAUAUUUGGUAGAUGUCACCAAGGGGCACUGUUUGGCCAGGAUGCAGGCUGUAGGGCUGGGAGGUAGCAGUCAAAACUGAAUGGAGAGGAACAACUGAACGAGAUGAUCAGGAAACACAGUUGAAUGUAACUAACUAUGGCAGAAUGUGGGAGUGCGUGUAUGCAUGAAUGUAUGUACACUUGCCUGGGUGGGUCCAUUUCUCUUUAUGUGGCUGUGGAGAUCAUCUCUUUCUUCCUAGCUUACCAGAGAUCAAAGCUAUAGCCCUGUAGGUUCCAGAGAAUCUUUUGUUCAUAUUAAAUUUAAAAACAAAAAAAAUAAAUGAUCAGUGACACAUUUCAGUUCCUAACCAGGCUCAAAACACCUGUCUCUUUCAUCGCUCUGGCUAUGGUGCCCAGCAAUAGCCUGCAGUGUGUAUGUCCUGUCCAAAUGCUUGUCAAGCAAUCUGCCAAUCAUUUGUGAGUCUUCAUUGCAGUAGAUCACCAGAAUUUGCCUAACAGGUCAGAAAUCAGGAGCAAUCCACUCUCCCGUAACUAGCCAUUUAGGUCUAGGAUGGUAUUGAAGAGGAACAGCUAAUGUAUUGCUAUUUACAAAUAUAGUUCCACAGCAAUCAUUUCUAGACAGGUUUCCAAAAUCUUGGAGAAGUUCCCCUGGAAGAUUGAACAUCCAUGCACUAACGUGUGAUCUACCUUUACUGGGUGAUCAUACUUAGGCUUCCUGGUUAGGAAAGCUUUCAAACAUGUCUGUAUUUGCUUCUAAUGUAGUUUGGUGUGCUAGCUAGUGCUGUAGAAUAAAGGACUUUUUCAGUCCUCUAGACAUCCCGAUGGAAAGGCAAGGAGUUCUGGGGCAGAGAUUGCAGAAAACAUCAGUUAAAAGAAUAAAGUAAUUAGUUGGGGAAAAGAAAUCAGCAGACUAGAUACAGCAACUGCAAGAAAUGGUUUCCCAUGAUAAAAGGUAUUGGUAAAGAUAGGUAUCUCAGUAGCUUUGUUAUUAUAUUGCUCUGUGCCUUGGGUGUGGGAAAUCUGUAUCUAACUGGAACUCACUGUUCUCCUCCUACGUUCUGCAGUACAAGUCUUUUAUCUUCACAACAUAGGAGAAGAAAGACAUUAGGCAUCGACUAUAGGAAUAAAUACACAAAAUUGCAUUAUCCAUUAAAAAGAAUAAGCAUGUGCUUUAAGCUAAUGAUGAAAAUGAUCAUGAUAAUUCUAUUCAGCAUCCUGAAAUGUUUUCUUACCCCCUCCCCAAAUAAAUUAGGCAUUGUUUUUCAAAAUUAGACAGUGGGGAAACAUCUUGGGGAAAAAAUAUAAUCAUUUUCCUGGUUAGUGGAAUGUCAGGCUUUUAAAUCCCAAUAAGGCCAAUUAACUUUUUUUUUUAGGAAGAUCAUUUCUCCACUUCCCCUUGUUUGGAUACACUCACUCUGUGAGCAUGGGUGCUUGCAAGUAUUUGAACACCUGUAUUACAAUCCUGCCCAAGUUGUAGCUGUGCAUGUCCUUGGGUGGCAUGAAGAAAUGUUGAGUGCUGGAGUGUAUGAGUAUGUGUGAGUACACACUGAGAAGAGGGCAGGUAGUGUGGCUUACAUCAAGUACCCCAAUGUUUAUGUAGAUACUGAGCUUCUGGUUGAACCCUUGGGAAUAGUGUGCAAGCACAUUAAACAAAUUGUGGGAUUUUAAGCAGCCUCACUUCCCAGUAAGUCCAGCCACCUCUAUAACAGAGAUUUCUUAUGUAGUCCAGCUGUGAUAAUAAAUGAGCCUUGCUGUAUUGAAUUCUCUAUCUUCCUCAAAUUUACUCCUUCUCCUCCUCCUCUUCCAACUCUCACACUCCCUUGCACACUUCCUGAUCCUAUCUGUCUUCAUGUGUUUCUUGAUCUUUUCUCAUGAAAGAAGAGUAGAUCACGGCUGAAAAGGACUUG